GCAUCAACUGGGAGCCGCGCGAACAAAUUAACGUUGGCCGCUGAACAAGCGAUAUUGUGGGAUAUUUAAAUAUAAAAACAAAAUCGGCUAAGCGGUUAGCUAUUCGUAGCUAGUUUGCAGCUGGCUAAAAACAUGCAGAAGUAUGAAAAAUUAGAGAAGAUCGGAGAGGGUACAUAUGGCACAGUGUUUAAGGCUAAAAACAGAGAGACUCACGAGAUCGUGGCUCUGAAGCGGGUCAGACUGGAUGAUGAUGACGAGGGCGUUCCCAGCUCAGCUUUGAGAGAAAUCUGCCUCCUGAAAGAGCUGAAGCAUAAAAACAUCGUGAGGUUACACGACGUGCUACACAGCGAUAAGAAGCUGACGUUAGUGUUUGAAUAUUGCGACCAGGAUCUAAAGAAAUAUUUUGACAGCUGCAAUGGCGACCUGGAUCCCGAGAUUGUCAAGUCAUUCAUGUACCAGCUGCUGAAAGGACUCGCCUUCUGCCACAGCCGCAACGUUCUUCACCGAGACCUCAAGCCACAAAAUCUGCUCAUCAACAGGAACGGCGAACUGAAGUUGGCCGACUUUGGUUUGGCCCGAGCAUUUGGGAUUCCUGUACGAUGUUACUCUGCUGAGGUGGUGACGUUGUGGUACAGGCCACCAGACGUGCUGUUUGGUGCCAAGCUGUACUCCACCUCCAUCGACAUGUGGUCAGCUGGAUGCAUAUUUGCAGAACUGGCCAAUGCCGGCCGACCGCUGUUCCCCGGAAACGACGUAGACGACCAGCUGAAACGGAUCUUUAGGUUAUUGGGCACACCAACAGAGGAACAGUGGCAGACCAUGACCAAACUCCCUGAUUAUAAGCCAUAUCCGAUGUAUCCUGCAACUACGUCGCUCGUGAACGUCGUCCCUAAACUCAGUAGCACGGGACGGGAUUUACUACAGAACCUUCUGAAAUGCAAUCCAAUGCAGCGGAUAUCGGCUGAGGAAGCACUACAACACCCGUACUUCGCCGAUUUCUGUCCACCCUAGUGGCCAUAUCUGUUGGGCCUCAUUUCUCAAAAUGGACCAACAUGGUCGUACCUCACACACCCCAUCAAAAUUUUCCCAUGUCACCCCCGUCCCCCUGACAUUUCUCGUUUAGACAUGACAGUACCAAUCAUGCAGCCGUGUAAAUUCCACUCCGCUGAUCAUGGCUACAGACCUUAUGGCAGCAAUCUAUUUUGUAAAGCUCAGUUGAGCCAAGUAAAUUUGACGCCUAUUAAACGGUUAUUAUUAUUAUUACUAUUUAAUUCUUAUUUGCACUUACUAAACAGACAGUAAGGGUGUGGAGAGUGUUAUUUGAUCCUGCUCAGUGUUUAGUAGCUUUUAAGUUCUACCGACUGUAUUUGAAGGAACUUUGGAUCUACAGAGUCAGUUUUACAUGUUUGUUUUAAUCUACCGUUCACAUCAUCAUUAUUUUUGUAAUAGUUUCCUCGCUGUUGCACAACUGCAGAGGUGCCAACAGCUGCUAUUUAGUUGUAGCAGUUAUGGUUUUUGAAACUAUGCUUUUUUUAAGAAUGAAAUUCACCUGCCGCAAAAGCAAAUUCACUGAAGGGGAAAGUCCAUGGGAUGUGAAGGACGUGAAGGACGUGCACUUUAGAUAGGUGAACUUUGACCUGUGAAUCUGAAAAGCUUGGCUUUGUUAGCUAGCAAACAGGCGGAGUAAAAAAAAUACAUAAAUAAAAUCGGUAAAAAAAAAAAAAAUUAAGUAGCAUCACAUUUUUUCUUUCCUCAGUUUUCUUACUGUUGCUUGGGGCAUAUCUGGCAAAACAAUGGCUAAUGGUAUUUGUGUUGUGUUUUGUUUUUUCACUCUCUCUGGCUGCUAGAAUUUUCUUGUUAGCCAUGUUGGCACCUCUGUGUAAGAACUCCUUUCUCAUUUAGAGAAUGUAGCUGUAAGUCUGCGUACACAUUUCAUGUGACUGGGUUAAAUUUUACAGAACAAUAAGUUCCAGUUUCACGUACUUAAUUGUUUUGUUCCUAUUUAUAAGGCUACAUUUUUUGUUGUUGUUUUGUUUGUUUUUUUUCCCCACCCAGUCAAGGAAAUGAUCUGUAUAUAAUCUGGGUAUAGGCCUCCAUUACCAUGCACAGGUUACAGGGACAUGAUACGGAGUGUAUCAGACGAAGCAGUGUUGAGAAACAGUCCAGUGGGUUUAAUAUAACAGCCAGUAAGUACUUAGUGUUGAAAACACCAACACUGCUGCACCUGAUACACUUGUACCAUCACACACACACACACACACACACACACACACACACACACACACACACACACACACACACACACACAUGGCCAUGUCAGUGUGACUACUGUACUGUGACUGAGAUAACAUCUGCUCAGUGGUGCUCUGGAGGCUGAUGAGUUGUUUAGAGUAACAGACUUUAUAACAUUUAUAAGGUGAAUUUUGUGGAAUGGUAACUGUGUGUGUCUAUGUGUGUGUGUGUGUGUGUGUGUGUGGCAGUUUGGGAAAACCCAUCAGAUACCUCUGUGGAUUAAUUCUGACAAAUAAUCAGAUUUUGGUCAAAACUAAGUUUUUCUGUCCAUAACAUAACUAUGUUUUAUCAAAAUUAUGUGGAUUUAUUUAUUUUUUUUUGGUAAUAAGCCAUUGUAAAAACCUAGCCAGGUCUGUCUAAAGAUGUUUCCUGACACAGUGAACGUCAUGAUGUAUAUACACAACAAUGUCAAGUUGUUGUAUAGCUAGGUGCCAUAGUGAAAUGGACACAAGUCCGUUCAGUUCAGUUUGUAUUCAGAUACUGUCGGGUUUUCCCAGGCUGCCCCAGCAUUAGGCCUGAACACAAAGGUACAGAGAAUAUGAAAGGUCCCCAAAAGAAAUAUAAUCAUAAAUACUGAAUUCAUACUACACUGAUCUCCAUUUUUAUCCUUUUCGGCUUGUAAAGUGAACUAGAAUGCACAUAUUUAUUUGUAUAUGAAUGUUUUAGUAGACUUUUUAGGAUACAGCAAAAGAGGGUUACUAUGGAGUGAACAUUUCCUGGUUUAUUUCAGAUGUUUUGCAUUUUUCAAAAUUAUGAAUGUAACUUAAGACCCAGUUGUUGAUUAUAUUGUUCCACCAAUUAUCUACUUAUAUAAUCAAAAAAAAAACAAAAAACUGUCAUCUGCAGUACUUUAUUUAAAACGUCACUUGCGUCCAA